AUGAAUAGUCUUCGUGUACAGUUACAAUUAUGUGAUUAUUCGAACGAUAUUUGUGUUCCAUAUCCAAAAUCAGUUGUUCUAUCUGAUUUAUUAAUUGAUGGUUUUGCUUCUUCUGAAGAAGUACAUACGAUUUCAUCACAAGAAAGUGAUAGUUCACCGGAUGAUGAUAAUUCAACUGAUGAUCAUUGUGCAGAAUCAUCAACACACGUUAAACAAUCAUAUCAGAAAGAAACUCAUGAACGAACUGAGUCACCUGAACAAAAAAUUCAAAAAACUGAUAUUGUUGAUACUGCAUUUGAUGACAUGAAAUGUCUCAUUGAUUAA